AUGGCGGACGCGGCCGGGAAGGCGCAGGCGGCACGCGAGGUGUGCGCGGCGUCGGCGGCCUUCACGUCCUUCCCGCACCGCCGCCGGUCACCGCGCCGCGCGAAAUUGGUCGACUGGUACCUCGUCCUCGCCAUCGGCGAGGCCGCGUCGGAGGACGCCAUCAAGCGGCGCUACCGGCACCUCGCGCUGCAGCUGCACCCGGACAAGAACGGGCAUCCCAAGGCGGAGGUCGCCUUCAAGCUCGUCUCCGAGGCGCACGCGUGCAUGACGGACAAGGCGCGCCGGAGGGCCUUCGACGAUGAGCACGCCACGGCCUUCUGCACGGCAUGCCACGACCGGCUCAGGGCCAGACGCCGCCAGGGCGGCGGCGGCGGCAGGAGGCCGCCCGCGCCGACGACGCAGUCGGCGCUGCGGGAGGUGCAGAACCGACUGCGGGACGAGUGCCGGGUCAUCGACGGCUUCCUGCGCGCCAACGCCGCCGGCGCGCGCAGGCGCCAGUCGUUCCCGCUCUUCGACCCGUCCGACCGGCAGCGCUUCCCGGACUACCCGCACGCCCGGCCACCGCCGCCGUUCGCCGGGUGCCGGCCUUUCGAGGACGACGGAAUCGGGCGCCGGCCAGGGCUGGUGCAGAGACGGCAGCUGCGAGUCGCCGGUGUACCUGGUCAGGACCGCGCCGGAGCGCGCCGCAAGGACGUAGCGCCCCUGGUGGUGAUGAUGCGCUCAGAUCUUUUUUUUUUUUAG